CAGUGUUUUCCGUUCGAGCAGGUGCACAGGGGCGGAGAAAGGAGCAGUCGCGAGGCCAGAAGCCUGGGAGGAAACUUUCAGCUUCACAAACUUGCGAGCGAAGUGCAAACGCCACCGACUCGCAGCUGCUUGCCCAGCCUCGGAGUCCCCUUUCCUCCCCUUUUCAGCCCCUCCCUGGCCUUUUCCGACCUUCAGGACUCCUGCCCGGCGCCGCCCGCCCGCGCCGACGUGGCGGAGCGCACAGGUCGCGGUCAGGUGGUCGGUGACGCCCGGGACCGGCUCCCGGGAGGGCGGCGCCAACGCCCGGGGUGGGGACUGCGCGGCGGCCGCGGGCGGAGCGCGGAGCGGCGCGGAGGAGCGCGGCGGGCGGGCGGAGCGCCGGGAGCGAGGUGGCACAGACAUGGACCGCGGCGAGCAAGGUCUGCUGAAGACAGAGCCAGUGGCCGAGGAAGGAGAGGAUGCCGUUGCCAUGCUCAGUGCCCCGGAGAACCUGUCAGAGGAGGAGCAAGAUGAGCUGAGAAGGGAACUUGCUAAGGUGGAAGAAGAAAUCCAGACUCUCUCUCAAGUGCUGGCAGCAAAAGAGAAACAUCUUGCAGAGAUCAAGCGCAAACUUGGGAUCAGUUCACUUCAGGAAUUGAAGCAGAACAUCGCCAAAGGGUGGCAAGACGUGACAGCGACCUCUGCGUACAAGAAGACAUCUGAAACCUUGUCUCAGGCUGGACAAAAAGCAUCAGCUGCAUUUUCCUCGGUUGGCUCAGUCAUCACCAAGAAGCUGGAAGAUGUGAAAAACUCCCCAACUUUCAAGUCAUUUGAAGAAAAGGUUGAAAACUUAAAGUCUAAAGUAGGGGGAGCCAAGCCUGCUGGCGGUGAUUUUGGAGAGGUCCUGAAUUCCACGGCGAAUGCUACUAGUGCCGAGGCCACCGAGCCCCCUCCAGCGCAGACAGAGGCCCUGCCCUAAGUUCCGGAACAUAUCCUGCUGCCCACUGCCAGGUGCUGCAAGGGACAUCAAGCACAUCUCGUCAGCGUUCAUGGCCACAGAUUUCCACCAGAUGUGCUUUCAUUUAGCUUUACUUAUUUCUUUGACCAAAUAGUUUGCGAAUGAAACGAAGUGGGAACACCCUCGCCUCCACACCAGGGAAACGCCCUUUGUAGGAGACGGCAGCCAGAGCCUCUGGUAGUCCUUGAGGCACACAGGGGUGACAGGAAGCUGUGGGCCACCUCAGCUUUGGCUUUACAGAAUCACUCCACAUCUGGUAUUCUUUUAGAUCCUUUUCUAUACGAGUCAUUUUUCCUUUUUGAGUCUGUUAUACUUGAUUUCUAACUAAAAUGGUUCUUCUAAAUUCUGGUAGUUAAAAGUUUUGGAAUUAUUUUGUUACUUUUAAAGGAGAAACCACCAGCUACAAUUCUUUUUUUCUUGGAUAAACAGUUUUUGUAUGUGGACCAUAUCUUGGGUUUCUGAGCACACCAGACUAAAGCAAACAGGUGUGUGUGUACUUGAGUAGUUCUGUAAGUUAAAACCAUGCAGAAACUCAGUCUGCCAGUGGUGUGAGUGUGGGGUUCCCCCAUGUCCUUGGUGAUUAGCAGCUACCAUUUCAACAUCCUGAUUAUUUAUUAUGCCACUCUUACACAUUUUUAUAAGAUUAAAAUUUAAUUUCAGGUAAACGGACAAAAUCUAUCAUUGUGAGUCAAGCAUAUAUUACUAUAAGUUGAAAUGUGACCACACUUGUCUAAAACGUCUUUAGGUCUAGAUAGCUGUAAAAAUGCUAAAAUCCAUCACCGCAGGGAAACUUGCUGCCUCCAUUAAAUCCAUUUAGCACCCAUUAGGAAGCACAGAAAGUUCUAUGAGAAGUACGACUUGAAUAUUUUUAUACUAAGGUAUUGUUGACUCCGAAGGAUGUAAGGCAUUAAUACAAAUGAGCUCAUCACGUACGUGUUCUCAGUGCGUCAGUGAUGCAGAGUGUACUGUAGAUACGGCCCCUGCUCGGAGAGGUCGUGGGGCUUGUGAUCAAGGCUUCCAGAUGUCUCUGAGCUCCUCCCGUAACUGUGGUUAACUACUGACUCACUACCAUUUCCUUCUGCUGUCUAUGUUCAUGGCUACGAGGUCUGUCUGGUAUUUAUCUAUUGUGAUUUUAUCACUGUCCACGCCAAAUGUUAAUUGCCAAGCUUGGAGUGACCUAAAGCAUUUUCAAAAGCAUGACUAGAUUUAAUUGAGGAUAAAGUUUCUGCAGACCAAAUUUGAAAAGCCACAAGUGUCAGUCGUUACAAAAUGACGUGCUGCCAUUGUUGAUUGCUACUUGGAUGCUCUAUUGUAUGUGACAAAUCUCAAUAAAGUCUGUGUAUCAGUA